UGUGAAUUUUGGAAUGAAAGUUCAACGCAUUUUUUUCCUGUUUUUCUUUAUUAGUAUUAAAGUUAUUCAAAUUAAAUAAAAGUUUAUCAAUGAUGUCAGCCAUAGGACCUGAGUUUCAUAAUUUCAUUAAAAAACUCGAAGACAAUGGCGAUAAAAUGGUUUUGGGGACACCCUUGGAACAACAACCACUUGACUUUGAAUUCAAUAAUUAUGCCUGUUACGUGUGUAACGGGUACUACGGACCGAGUUUCGGAGAGCCAGUAUGUGUGACUUGUCAUACAUUCUUGUUCCCAGACUUUCCGUCAUAUUUCCCAAGUUCGUACUUCUCCAGUGAGAAAACUGACGACGGUGACUCCGGCAACGAUGAGCCUUCGGACCUCAAUUACAGUGCGGAUCGUAAAAUGUAUAGAGCUUGUCAGUUGCCAGCAUGUUGGUAUUACAGGAACUCAUUAGACAGUGAAACAAGCCCAGAAGAUGAGGCAAGUCGCGCCAGUGGCUUAGGAGCCAGCGGGAGCGGCAGCAGUGGGUCGGGCCAGUCGGGCGCGGGGCAGGCGCCGCCGCCGGCUCCGCCCAGCCUAGCACUCUCCCUGCACGCUCUGUCUACUCCCCGCCCACCAGAAAACCUUGCUCCGGGUCUAGUUGAACAGCUGCCUUCAGAAGUGCUGCUGUGCAUCUUCAGCUACCUGGACGACCUCUCCUUAAGCGCGUGCGCGUGCGUGUGCGCGCGCUGGUGGCGCCUGGUGCGCGCGCGCGUGCCGCCGCCGCGCUGGGCCGCCUUCACGGCGCGCCGCUGGCCGCUGUACCGCCCGCUGCUCACCAACAUCGACUGGCACAAGAAGUACCAGUCGCUGGUGGAGUCGUGCUUCUGCCGCAACUGCUUAGUGCAGAUGUGCGUGCAGGCGCAGCCGGCCGGCGAGGAGAACGCCUGGCGCCGGAACCGCUUGCGGAACGAACUCAAGAUGUUGCGCAACGACCCGCCCGAGGGAAUAGCGGCUACCCCGCUGGACCCGAAGUGCUGCCACUGGCAGGCCAGCGUCACGGGGCCCGACGGCUCGCCCUACGAGGGAGGCGUCUUCUACCUUUACAUACAAGUUCCAUACGCGUACCCAAUGAGCCCGCCGGUGGUGCGUUUUCUAACGCGCGUUUUGCAUCCUAACGUGUCGCGGCACGGCGACGUGGGCAUCGACUCCGUGCACCACAACUGGUCGCUGGCGCUCACUAUAAGCAAGGUGCUCAUCUCCAUCCAGAGCCUGCUCACAGAUCCAUAUACCGCGGUUUGUAUGGAGCCAGAAAUCGGCGAGAUGUAUGUACGGGACCGCGCCAGAUUCGAAGCCCUCGCACGACGGUGGACGUGGCGAUACGCGAUGCACGAUAUCCUACCUCACUGAGACGCGGUAAAGUUCACAAUCGACUGGCAGAAGCUGUUCUGAGACUAGCCCGCUUGGAAGAGGUACCUAGUCUAUGAAUUUAAAUUAAAUCUAGCUAUUGAGGCCUUGAAAUUCUGUUCUGAUGCCUUCUCUCAGAGCAUA